CCGUGUGGGCAAUGGUGUCAUUUAUCCGUCUCCUUUGUCUUCUCAAACUCCCGGUUACAACCCAGACGCCACAAGACAAAAUUAAUUCCUCGCAUUGACCCAUUUCCUCAAACAUCUCAAAUACCUCAACUUCAAUCCAUUCUCACUAUAUCAAUUUGCAGGAAGUUAAUGGGUUUCUCCAAAUGGGUCCCUUUGAUUUCCGCACUAUACAUGUUACUCCUAACCACUCUCUCAAACUGUAGUUUGACCCCAGAAGAGUUAGCAGAAAUCCCAGUAAAUUUCCUUAAUUUUGCCAAAAGGCCAGAGAUUUCAGACUGGAUGGUGGGCAUAAGGAGGAAAAUACAUGAGAACCCAGAACUUGGUUUUGAGGAAUUUGAAACGAGUAAGCUUAUCAGAGCUGAACUUGACAAAAUGGGCAUCCCCUAUAAAUACCCAAUUGCUAUUACAGGCCUUGUUGGAUUCAUUGGGACUGGAAAACCGCCUUUUGUUGCCAUAAGAGCAGAUAUGGAUGCUUUGGCCAUGCAGGAGAGCGUAGAAUGGGAGCAUAAGAGUAAAGUUGAAGGAAAGAUGCAUGGUUGCGGCCAUGAUGCCCAUGUCGCUAUGUUGCUUGGUGCAGCAAAAUUGCUACAAGAGCAUUGUCAUGAUAUUCAGGGAACGGUAAUUCUGGUUUUCCAACCAGCCGAGGAAGGAGGUGGGGGAGCAAAGAUAAUGGCAGAUGCUGGCAUAUUGGAGAAUGUGACUGCCAUCUUCGGGUUGCAUGUCUCUAGUCGAUUUCCUAUUGGCACGGUUGUGAGCGGGUCUGGAUCUAUCUUGGCUGGGAGUGGUUUCUUUGAGGCUGUAAUAAGUGGGAAAGGGGGACAUGCUGCACUUCCCCAACACACAAUAGACCCAAUUUUAGCAGCUUCAAAUGUUAUAGUUAGUUUGCAACAUAUUGUCUCACGUGAAGCUGAUCCCUUGGAUUCUCAGGUGGUGACGGUGGCAAAAUUCCAAGGCGGUAACGCAUUCAAUGUCAUUCCUGAUUCCGCUACAAUUGGUGGAACCUUCAGGGCAUUUUCAAAUGAAGGUUUGAUGGAACUUAAACAACGGAUUGAAGAGGUUAUCACACAACAAGCAGCUGUGCAGAGGUGCAAUGCGACUGUAAACUUCAACGAUCCCUUUUUCCCUGUAACUGUUAAUAGCGAAGAGUUGCAUCAGUAUUUUGGAAACGUUGCAAGGGAUAUGCUGGGUGAAAAUAGCAUUAUCAAAAUGAAACCGCUUAUGGGGUCAGAAGACUUCUCGUUUUUUGCAGAGGUGGUUCCAGGGUACUUCUACUAUGUUGGAAUGCAAAAUGAGACUCAAGGCCAGCUUCAACCGGGUCACUCCUCAUACUUCAUGGUAAAUGAAGAUGUACUUCCAUACGGUGCCGCAUUGCAUGCUUCAUUGGCUACCAGGUACCUCCUUGAAUAUCAACCCGAGUCUGCUUCAUCGAAUGGAAUUUCACAUGAUGAAUUGUAAGGUGCUUACAAAAUGGUUCUUGCAAUUUUAAAGCACCAAUGAUCAAAUUUCCUUUUUUUAAAGCACCAACACUUACUCGUUUGAGAACAAUAGUUUAGUGGUAGGCUUUUCAUAAGUUCUCUUGCCAUGUUGGCUUUGCAUUUGCACAUAUUUCUGUUUUCUUAUGGUUUAAAGCAUUCGCUAAAGGUAACAACUUGCUCGAGGUAACAACUUGCUAUCUCGACGUUCAGAUCUCUUCUUUCUUUUCUUUUUUCUUCAGUAGUAAUUUUCGGCGUUGUUGGAAUGGUAAAAGGAUACCUUUGACUUCUGAGAAUGCAGAACAACUUUUUU